AUGGAUACAACAAGUUCGAAGCAAGAACGAGAAAAUUUAAUACUUUCUGUAUGGCCUAAUUGUAAUCAUCUAUCAACAGUUGAUCCAGCAUGUUUAGCAGCUACAUUAUGGCUUCGUGCACAAGGUUUGUCCUAUUCAAUUGUCAAUGCUAAUCGACAAAUAUCUAUGAUAUUCGGAACUUAUCCAACGUUGCAUGAUAUUGUUAAUAAAAAGCAUUAUGUUGGAUUUGAAUCAAUCUAUGAAUAUAGUCGAACAUUGAAUCCAACAGCUGACGAACUUGCUCUAUUGGCAACAUUUAAACGUCUAUUUGUUCCGGCUUUUAUGCAUUCACAAUGGUUGGAUGAAACAAAUAAAGCAUCAUUUCGAACUUUAUAUCAUUAUACAAUUGGUUUACCGACUAGUUUAUUUUAUAUUCGAAAAAAAUUUUCAUCAGCACAAACAUGGUUUGAUAUUAUUGCAAAUAAAUGUUCAUAUUCAAAUGAACAACAAAAUACAAUUUAUGCUGAUGCUGACAGAUGUUUAUCAAUACUUGAAGAUAAACUAGCAAAAAAUAAUCAACAAUUUAUUGGCGGAGAAAAAUUUUCUCUUAUUGAUGCUUGGGUUAGUUCGUAUCUUCUCGUACUUGUUCAUUUUGCAUCGGAAAAAUCUCGAUUACGAACAUUAUUAACUCAACAUUUACGACUUGUUGAUUAUAUUCAACGUAUUGAUGAAGAACAAUUAAUAUUAUCUAAAGAACGUGAAAGUCACACUCAUAUAUCAACAUCUUCUCCGGAAAAUUCAGUUGAUAUUGUCUCUGUAUUACAUAUCAUUUCACAAGUGAUUUCUUUCUCGAUCUUUAUUUUUAUGUUAACAAAAAUUGGUGCGAAUUCUAAUGCGAUUACAUCAUAA